UGGUUGCUUCACAACCUAUAGAGGAUAGUACAUGUGAGCUCACAUCUAAAGACCAGAGCUGCAGCGCUGCCACAACUUCCACAGCUGCAACACCACUAGCACAAGAUUUCAGCGGUCAGAUUUCAUCUACAGUGGUUGCUUCACAACCUAUAGAGGAUAGUACAUGUGAGCUCACAUCUAAAGACCAGAGCUGCAGCACUGCCACAACUUCCACAGCUGCAACACCACUAGCACAAGAUUUCAGCGGUCAGACAAGCAAAUCUCUCCUACAUAAUACUUCUAUAAAAAAGAAGCAGAGAAAAGUUAUCCGUGCACAAGUCCAAAAGAUUAGACGACUUAGGAAGGCUUUACAGAAAAAAAUCAAGUAA